AUGCCGGCAAAAAACAACUGCCACCGGUAUUUAGUCUUUCUGCCAUAUCGCAGUGUCGGCACUGUUGCCGCUGACGCGACGACAGAAAGUAUUCGCCAGCACAUCGCGGCGACGAUGAAGGUGGUCGCCCUUGUUUACUUCCUAAUGGUGAAUGGCCUGUCAGAGCAUUGCGACCCGAUGUACUCGAGGGUGAUACGGUGCAUCAACGAGAGGUUGUUCAACAACGACGUCGACGAGGUGCGCUACGAAGCGGAAAUGGACAGGGACUUUCGGCUGCACAGCGAGUACUGCUUCAGA